CCUGGAUGAGCAGAAGGAAGGAAAGAGUACAGAUCGGCCGGAUGGGGAAUGAGCCUCAAGGCGAAAGCGGAAGUGUUCAGACUUGUUCUACCAACUAACCAUCUAUGGUUCUAACGACAAGGACAGGAGACACGUGAAGUCUGAGGCUGACUGAAGAUGAGUGGUUAUGAGGAUGAAGAGGAGGACAGAGCAGAGUCUCAAGUGUCCAGCUGCGUGUCUCUGAAGAGUGAAGAUCCUUCUAUAUUCUUCAGUAAUGAACCUGGACCCUCACACACAGAAGGUCAGGACCACGGACUGAGAGCAGAGUCUCCAGGGUCCAGCAGCCUGUCUCUGAAGAGUGACUGGUCCAAUGAUAAUCCUCCUAUAAACUUCAGUAAUGAACCUGGAGCCUCACACACAAAAGGUCAGGACCACAGACUGAGAGCAGAGUCUCCAGGAUCCAGCUGUCUGUCUCUGAAGAGUGACUGGUCCAUGUAUCUUCCUCCAACGUUCAGUAAGGAACCUGGACCCACACACACAAAAGGUCAGGACCACAGACUGAGAGCAGAGUCUCCAGGGUCCAGCUGCCUGUCUCUGAAGAGUGACUGGUCCAAUGAUAAUCCUCCUUUAAACUUCAGUAAUGAACCUGGACCCUCACACACAAAAGGUCAGGACCACAGACUGAGAGCAGAGUCUCCAGGAUCCAGCUGUCUGUCUCUGAAGAGUGACUGGUCCAUGUAUCUUCCUCCAACGUUCAGUAAGGAACCUGGACCCACACACACAAAAGGUCAGGACCACAGACUGAGAGCAGAGUCUCCAGGAUCCAGCUGUCUGUCUCUGAAGAGUGACUGGUCCAUGUAUCUUCCUCCAACCUUCAGUAAGGAACCUGGACCCUCACACACAAAGAAGAGGAAGAGGAGUCAUGUUUCUGAGGAGGAGCAGUCGUCCUGCUGUGCUUCGUGUCAGGACGUCCUGAAGGAUCCAGUCUCCACCAGCUGUGGACACUGGUUCUGCAGACAGUGCAUCACAUCAUACUGGGACCAGUCUGGUUCUUCAGGAGACUCCUCCUGUCCCCAGUGUGGAAAAAGAUCCAGAACAGGAGCUGGAGCAGAUCUUGCUCUGCAGGAGGUUUCUGAUGAACAUAAGCUCAGUCUGAGGAGGAGAUGUGAACAUGUGACCGAAGGAACUGAUGAAACAGGAAGUAGAACCCUCCUCAACAGGAUCUUCACUGAACUCUACAUCACAGAGGGACAGAGUGAAGAGGUUAAUACUCAACAUGAGGUGAAGCAGCUUGAGACGGCUUCCAAGAUGAAGAUCCUCCACGACACUCCCAUCAAGUGCCACGACAUCUUUAAAGCCUCCACUGACCAGCAGAGAAGCAUCAGAGUCGUCCUGACCAACGGCAUCGCUGGUGUUGGAAAAACCUUCUCGGUGCAGAAGUUCACUCUGGACUGGGCAGAGGGUUUAGAAAACCAAGAUGUGGGUCUGCUGAUUGUGCUUUCGUUCAGGGAGCUGAACCUGGUGAAGGACCAGCAGCACAGUCUUCUCACGCUGCUCCAUGAUUUCAAUCCUACAUUACAGAAGCUCACGGCAGAGAUGCUCACUGUCUGUAAACCUUUGUUCAUCUUUGACGGCCUGGAUGAAAGCAGACUUUCUCUGGACUUCCACCACAGGGAGCUUGUGUCUGAGGUCACACAGAGGUCAUCAGUCAACGUGCUGCUGACAAACCUCAUCCGGGGGAAUCUGCUUCCCUCGGCUCUCGUCUGGAUAACCUCCAGACCUGCGGCGGCCAAUCAGAUCCCUCCUGCAUGUGUUGACAGGGUCACAGAAGUACGAGGCUUCACUGACGCCCAGAAGGAGGAGUACUUCAGGAGGAGAUUCAGCGAUGAAGAGCUGUGCAGCAGAAUCAUGUCACACAUCAAGACGUCCAGGAGCCUCCACAUCAUGUGUCAAAUCCCAGUCUUCUGCUGGAUCAGUGCUACAGUUCUGGAGCACAUGUUGACCACAGACCAGAGAGGAGAGCUGCCCAAGACCCUGACUGACCUGUACUCACACUUCCUGCUGGUUCAGACAAAGAGGAAGAACAACAAGUACGGUGAGGGACAUGAGAUGUCUCCACAGCACCUGAUGAGGGCUGAUAGGGAUGUUCUCCUGAAGCUGGGGAGGCUGGCGCUUAAACAUCUGGAGGAAGGAAACAUCAUGUUCUACCAAGAAGACCUGGAGCGGUGUGGUCUUAAUGUCACAGAGGCCUCGGUGUACUCAGGAGUUUGUACUGAGAUCUUCAGAAGAGAGUGUGUGAUCUUCCAGAAAUCAGUCUACUGCUUUGUUCAUCUGAGCGUUCAAGAGUUUCUGGCUGCAGUCUACAUGUUCCACUGUUACACCGAGAGGAACACAGACAAACUCAUCAGCUUCUUGGGAACAUAUGGGGACACAUGGGGUACCUUCUCCCUGGAUGACCUCAUGAAGAGAACCAUGAAGAAAUCCCUCACCAGUGAAAAUGGUCAUCUGGACCUGUUUGUUCGCUUCCUUCACGGCCUCAGUCUGGAGUCCAACCAGAGAGUCUUAGGAGGCCUGCUGGGUCGGACAGAGAACAAUCCAAAGAUGAUCCAGACAGUCAUCAACAACCUGAAGGAGAUGAAGAGUGGUGACAUUUCUCCUGACAGAAGCAUCAACAUCUUCCACUGUCUGACUGAGAUGAACGACCACUCAGUUCAUCAGCAGAUGAAACAGUUCCUGACGUCAGAGAAUAAAUCAAAGGAGAAACUCUCUGAGAUCCACUGCUCAGCUCUGGCCUACAUGCUGCAGAUGUCAGAGGAGGUUCUGGAUGAGUUGGAUUUGAAGAAGUUCAUCACAACAUACCAGGGUCGACAGAGACUGAUCCCAGCUGUGAGGAACUGCAGGAAGGCUCUACUCGGUGGUUGUGGACUCUCAGAGACUCACUGUGAAGUCGUGGCCUCAGCUCUGAAGUCAGACCCCUCACAUCUGAGAGAACUGGAACUGAGUGGAAGCACGUUGCAGGAUUCAGGAGUGAAUCUGCUGUGUUCUGGACUGGAGAGUCCAAACUGUCGACUGAAGACUCUGAGGUUGAGUCACUGCAGUCUGUCAGAGAUCAGCUGGUCUUCUCUGGCUUCAGCUCUGAGGUCAAACCCCUCUCAUCUGAGAGAACUGGAUCUGAGAAACAACAAAGACUUGCAGGACUCAGGAGUGAAGGAGCUGUGUGGUUUUCUUCAGAGUCCAACCUGUCGACUGGAGACUCUGAGGUUGUGGAGCUGCAGUCUGUCAGAGAUCAGCGGUUCUUCUCUGGCUUCUGCUCUGAGGUCAAACCCCUCUCAUCUGAGAAAACUGGAUCUGAGCUACAACAAAGACCUGCAGGAGUCGGGAGUGAAGGAGCUUUGUGGUUUUCUACAGAAUCCAACCUGUCGUCUGGAGACUCUGAGGUUGUGGAGCUGCAGUCUGUCAGAGAUCAGCUGUUCGUCUCUGGCUUCAGCUCUGAGGUCAAACCCCUCUCAUCUGAGAGAACUGGAUCUGAGGAGAAACGACCUGCAGGACUCAGCAGUGGAGGAGCUGCUUGAUCUGAAGCAGAGUCCAACCUGUGGACUGGAGACUCUGAGCUGGCGAUCUUAGUGGAGCUGAGUGUGAAGAGGACAGUGUGUGUGGACGGAGGCUGAGCUGUGUCCUGAGGAUCCAGAGGCUGAAGCAGCAGCAGCUUGGCGUCCUCGAUUUCGUUCGUAUUAACCAACGUUUCAUUGUUACUGUCAAUAAUUUUCAGCUGCUUUCCAAAAGAGUUUUGACCAGCUACCGUGUGACCAGUGCUGCUGUAAAUUGAACUAUUGCUGUCGCUAACCUGUGUCGUAAGAUAAAAAAAAUGAAAUGUUUUUUUUUGUGGAGGAAAAAAAGGGGGGGGAAAAAGAAAAAAACUGAUGGAAAUGUGUAAGCUAUUUUAUUUAGUGACUCUUAUUUUGAAGAGGGGUUUUACCGGAACAAUGUGCUGUACUAUAAGGCCGACUAUAAACGGCUGCUAUGUCUCCUGUGUCUUCCUUAGGCUGAGGCCUUAUUCAAUACAACAACUAAACGCUCGGCUACAAUUGCAUGGUUUUAUUCUAAUAUCAACUCAAAAAAAAAAUGUAAAAUUUUUUUUUUUAAUAAAAAAAAUAAAUAUUUGUAUUUGUUUUUUGGAAUGCAUUUCGCGACCCCGCCUCUGUGUCUCGCAACCCCCACUUUGGGAACCCCUGGCCUAGGGGGUAGAGUGGGCGUAUUAUUUUUUUUGUCUCUUUGGGUGGGGGGAAUUAUUGACUUUAUUUAAUUAGUUUUAUUUCAUCUGUGUAUAUGUUUUUUUAUUUUAUGUAAUUUUCUGUAAUGUUUAAUG